AUUUCAUCAUCGAUAAGGCAGUGCUUUCUGAAGCACCGCGAAGAGUUGGGAGCACGGUGGAAAAGAUCAAAGAGAACUUGUUCUUAUCCUGGUCAUCGGGGUAAUAUGAAAGCUGACAGAGGGGCCAGUCCAACAAUGUGUAAAGAACUCUGGUUAAAAACAAGACAGACUAUACCAGUAGGAUCAGCAAUUUGCAAAAGGUGCUCAAUGGAUCAUAAGAAGAAUGUGUCCCCAUCAUACAAUGUAGAGUAUGUAGAAGAACUAGAGUGGUGUAGACAGAUUUGUAGAAUUCUUCACACAGACAACAGCACAAAAUCCAAAAGUCAUGGUGAACAUCUACAGUCCUAUUUGAUUGACAUACAAGUGCCACAUGUACCAGCUAUAGUUGAAAACAAAGAAACAUCAUUUGAUAUUGAUGUACACAGUGUACCAAGUUCACAAGACACAGACACAGUGGGUACAGCCAUGGAGUUUGAAAUUCUCUCCACAAGUUCUUGUUACCCUUCCUUACCAUCAUCCCAAGACUGGUAUGAGCAGAACAAAACACCAAAAGAAAAACUAAAUGAAGCAUUACUGAGACUUUCAGAUAACAAGUUUCAACCUCUGAAGUCUCAACUUACAAGACCUUGGUCUGAAUUAGCAAAGUCUGCAAAGUAUUACUACAUCAGCAAGGCCAAAGAAGCUGUUAUGAUAGUCCUGUCCAUCAUAGCCCCAGGACAAGAGGACACCAUUCUCUCAAAACUCAGUCCAUCCUUUACAAAUGAAAGUGAUGCAACAGACAAAGCUACACAACAGUUGAUAGAGGCAUAUCAUGUCACAGCAGACAAAAAAACCCAGCUGCAGAUCUUGUCAUUAUUUGCGAACAACUUUACAAAGGAAAACCUUCUUCAACUUGUACCAUCACUGACACAAUCCAAAAUUGAUGCCGCCAGAAAACAUGCUUCAGUGAUGGGACCAGGACAGAUACUAAAUCCACCAAAGAUAUACAGAAUACGUCUGACCAGACCAAAAUUGCUCCACUUUCUGGAAUAUGUAUCUAUGCCCUCUAUUUCCCAGGUUCUUGGUUUUGGUACCAUGCAACUUCAUUUGUCAAGUGGAGAAAAAAUACAAAUUCCAAAAGUUAUCAGAAAUGCUGUGAGUGCUAGAAUCAUUGCAAACUACCUAGAGUAUUGCAAGGAAACAGAGUUCCAAACUUUUAGCCGUGCAUCUUUGUACAGAAUCCUGAAAGCCUGUCGAGCAUAAAAA